CGUCCACUCCCCGGAAGUGGCGUAACAACACACGCGUGGCGCCGACCGCCGCUUCCGCAAACAGAAUUGUAGAUGGCUGUGUGGUGUUAGUUCAUGAAGUUUUACUAUCUAUUUAAGUAAGCAAAAAUGGAAAAUUCUGCAAAAGCAGAGGAGUGUGGAAAGAUCUCUCUUGAAGAGGCAAAAGCAUCAGUAGAUUUGGAAACAGAAUCUUCAUUCAGUAUUAAUGAAAACACAACCACUCCUGGGACUGGCCUUUCUGAAAAGGCUCCUAUCUGUGGACAAGUAGACACACCAAAAAAGAGAAAAAUGGAAUUUGAAGAUGAUCUUAUAAAGGAAAGUUCUAGUUGUGGGGAAGAUACUCCAACCAAGAAAAGGAAACUUGAUGCUGAAAUUGUCCCAGAGGAAAAAGGUUCUGGUGAUGAUGAAGGCAUUUCAAGGAAAAGAAGAAUGGAAACGGAUGAUUUUCCAAAAGAUGAACCUUCUACUGGAGAUGGCACACAGAAAAAGAGAAAAAUAGAACUUGAGGAUGUUCCUGAAAAGCAAAAAAAGGUAGAAGAGGGACACAGUUCAGCCGUGGCUGCCCACUAUAAUGAACUACAGGAAGUUGGUUUGGAGAAGCGUAGCCAAAGCCGUAUUUUUUACCUAAGAAACUUUAAUAAUUGGAUGAAAAGCGUCCUCAUUGGGGAAUUUUUAGAAAAGGUACGACAGAAAAAAAAACGUGAUAUCACUGUUUUGGACCUGGGAUGUGGUAAAGGUGGAGAUUUGCUCAAGUGGAAAAAGGGAAGAAUUAACAAGCUAGUUUGUACAGAUAUCGCUGAUGUUUCUGUCAAACAGUGUCAGCAGCGGUAUGAGGACAUGAAAAAUCGUUGUCGUGAUAACGAAUUUAUUUUCAGUGCAGAAUUUGUAACUGCUGAUUGUUCAAAGGAACUUUUGAUUAACAAAUUUCGUGACCCAGAAAUGUGCUUUGACAUCUGCAGUUGUCAGUUUGUCUGUCAUUAUUCAUUUGAAUCCUAUGAGCAGGCUGACAUGAUGCUCAGAAAUGCUUGUGAGAGACUGAGCCCUGGAGGUUAUUUUAUUGGUACUACUCCCAAUAGCUUUGAACUGAUAAGACGCCUUGAAGCUUCAGAAACAGAAUCAUUUGGGAAUGAGAUAUAUACUGUGAAGUUUCAGAAGAAAGGAGAUUAUCCUUUAUUUGGCUGCAAAUAUGACUUCAACUUGGAAGGUGUUGUGGAUGUCCCUGAAUUCUUGGUCUAUUUUCCAUUGCUAAAUGAAAUGGCAAAGAAGUACAAUAUGAAACUAGUCUACAAAAAAACAUUUCUGGAGUUCUAUGAAGAAAAGAAGAACAACGAAAAUAAAAUGCUGUUAAAACGAAUGCAGGCCCUAGAGCCAUAUCCAGCAAAUGAGAAUUCCAAACUUGCCUCUGAGAAGAUAGAUGACUAUGAACAUGCAGCAGAGUACAUGAAGAACAGUCAAGUAAGGUUACCUCUGGGAACCUUAAGUAAGUCGGAGUGGGAAGCCACAAGUAUUUACUUGGUUUUUGCAUUUGAGAAGCAGCGGUGAGCACAUACGCAGUAGUCCAGGACAGCUGUGUCCCAUCCUGUGCAGAUUUGAACGCUCCAUUCUAGAUCUGACAACUUUCUGUUUGUUUGUUGUAAUUACUCUAAAUGUGCAGGAUGCUGCCGGAAUCUCCAGUGUGUAAAUUCAACAUUUGCUGUCUGUGACAGAUGAACUUUGUGUGUGUAUAUAAGAAUGAGUUGGGACCUUUGUCUUAAAAAAUCUAUUUUUAAGUAAUGUUAAGAAUUCCAUUUUGCCCUCACUACUCUCCUAGCGCAUAAAAAUUAUAGUAUGACUUGUUAGAGCUGCUGAACUCUUUCCACAGUGCUCUGAUUUGUUCAAUGUUCGUUUACAGUAUUAAAUUCAUUGCCCUUGUAGAAUUGCUGAGGGAGCAUACUGGUUUAUGGGGGUUUGUGCUCAUUUCUGUAGUUUUGUUAUCUAGUGUUUUUCAAGAUUAAAUGGAUUGUGUUCUGUACAAUUAAUUGAAUGUGCUCAAUAUAUAUUGCUAAAGUUGUACGUUUAAAACAAAAUUUUAGAUGGCCACGAAAGUUUUUUACCUAGAAUUUUAGCCAGUUACUACAUUUCAUAAUAAAUACUAACUACUUUAUUUGCUAAUAUGAUCUAAUUCUGGAACUGGUUAGAAUGUUUUAUAUGCCAGCAUAAAAUUGGUACAGAUUUUAGGGGCUUUAUCUUAAGAAUUUCCUUCCUUACCAAUAAUGUUUCUAGUUAUCAAGAAUGUAAUUAGACAGAUUUCCCUUUCUUCAUUGAAUGAAAAUGCCAUAGUUGUUUUUCCAUGACUUAAUGAAAACCUGUCCCGUGUGAACCUGUUGCACAUUUUCCUCAGAGAGAUGUAUGGAACUGCAAUAGGAGGAUUCAAGGAAGGUGAAAGGAAGCUGAAAAGCAGACUUCAGAUGAAUUCUCCCUGACGUUAGAUACAGCUUACCGGCACUAUGUGCUGUGUUCCUCCCCUUCAGCCCCGAGAGAAGCGGUACCUGCUCUUCCAUUACAACAUCAUACCUUGUGCAGUAGGCUCCAGCAUCCCAUCACCGCUCAGAACUUGAAUUUGCCAUUUCAGAACUGUUGACUGUUUCCAGCCCUGGCUUCUUGCUUGACUUCUCUUCCAGAACUGUUCACAAACCUAGGUUCACACCUAGGUGAACCCUUGUCCUUACUUUACAUUUUACUGUUUAAAAAAACUUUCCAGUAUUUAAGUGUAGUGAAAAACUUACAAAGAACAAAACAGAGCAAUUAUUGCAUAUUCUUCUAAAAAUCAUUUAUUUAAUGCAUGAAUUUAAAAGACAUUACUUUCUGUACUUAUCCAGAGUACUUGUUUAAAAUUUGUUUAUAUAUGUUGAUUAUUCACAGUGUCAGAGUAACAGACCUUUUAACAAGAGAACACAGGUUACCUAAUUUCUGUUUCUUGUGUGUUUGUCAAUCUCCAUACUGUUACCAGUUUAUAAAAGUUAAGUCUUUUAGCCUUAGUGGUGGUUUGCCAUAAGCCGUUUGGGGAAAUAAAUAAUAGUAUUUCUGACUAUGGUGGCUGCCGUUAGCUAACAAAGGUUUGGUAAUGGUGCUGGGAGGUGGGGAUGGUGAGCUCUUAGUGUUACAUACACGCCCAGGUUUAUUUUAAUUCUGGGGGAAGUUCCAGAAAGUAUUUUGAUAGUUUGAUAGAGGAUAUGGCUUCUUUAUUAUUUCCUAUCAUCAUUUUCAUUUAAUGGUCUUGGAUAAUUUUAAACAAGUAAUAAAACAUUUUUAGACUCUUGGCCUUUCCACCCCAUGGAUGACUUGUGGAAGAGAAGGAUCUCCUGAAGGAUGGAGUGAUGGGUGGUAAUACAAAGCAGAAAAGGACGGUGGAGUACCCCGGGACCUUCACUGAAGGGGUAGAAAGGAGUAAAGGAAACCCAGGUGGACUGAGCCAGUGUCUUCGCUCGGAGCGAAGCAAGCUGUUGUGUGUACAGGAAGCACAUGAGCCACCCCCAGAGGAUGCAGAGUUAUGGCAUUGCCCUUUGCAUGAGCUUUCUUGUUCUCUUGGCCGCCUCUCCUCCUCACUGUGCUCCCUGAAGUGAGCUACUUCUACAGCUGCUACAGCUAAAGGUCUGGGCAGUGACUCAAGAAGAACUUUUCGGAAAAGGUGGAUUCUGCCCAUCAAGGUAAAAGCUGGGAGGACACCCUCCCACCACCACACCCCACUGUCUAAAUGUUUGGGAAUUUUCCGUUCAAGAUUUAUAAUUAUUAGGGAGGGGGCAUGGCUCUUCACUAUCGGGUCCAUGAUAUGAAGUUGAUGAAAGUGAUUACAGGCACUCCAAUUUGUCCUCUGCGGAUGAAAGUGAAAUGAAGAUCAAACCAGCCCUUUAUGGGGAGGACACAGCCUGCAGAUUGGGAGGAUUGGUCUGGGAACAUGGCUGGAUGUGUGUAUAAACAAAGAAUGCUCAAGUUGAAUUAUUGGGGCCUAGAGUACACUAAAGAGAGGCACCACGUAGACAUCAUGUUCAGGGAGACACUAUUUCCAGCUGCAUCCAAAGGGGAGGUGUCCUAACCUGCACGCUGCAGCUGUCUGCGGAUAAUGACUGCUCUUCCAGUGUCCACCGAGCCUCUGGUUCCAGGGUGACUCCCCAAAGAAAUUUGCUUUCAAGGAGAGAAGACAUCAAUUAGAGAUCUUGACUUCUGUUAACUAAGGUGUGUAAUGACUCUAAAAGGUAGAUUACCAGUACGGAGUUUCCUAGCCUACCCUGUCCCCAAACCCAAAAAUUGAGGAAAUGUGAUUGCUGCCUAAAUUCAUGUUAGUAGCAUUAUUAGGGCAUCAGAGGUGUGCAAAGUGAUGGGGUUUGAGCCAGCGUGCAAUGUUGGUCAACAGUGGAGAGGUAGAGAAAGCAUUGUCAGGUAUCAGAGUCCAGAUCUCCUGUCACAUUAGUUCUUGUGGGGAUGUGUUCUUCAGCCUGUCUUAGCUUAUUGAUAGGUUAUUUUGCUAAGUCUUCAAGCAUCCUAGUGAAGAUGUGGUUUCUUGUGUAGCUCUGCCAGUGCAAAUACUCUAGCAACUGAAUAUUAUUUUUCAUUAUUGAUAAACUUUUGUUGUCUACCAGGCUUUGUAUGUAUUGUGAGCAGUUAACUGCCAAGUCUGGGUCUUUAAGGCCAGAUCCAGGGACCAAAGUCCUAUAAUGAUUCUACCAAAAUGUCUGUGGGUAUUUACUGGGCCUUUGGUCAAAGAGGGAAGCAUAAGUAUAUGAUGUUACCACCUCCCUAGAUGCUGUUAUGUCAAAUACUACAUAACUGAUAAGUUUCUUCAUUUCUCACCCUCUGAUGGAGCAACAUUCCUGAUUCCUUGAAGGCAGUCAGUGCAGUGGCUCCUACACUUACUUAUUUAGUGAUACAUGUGACUAGGCUGGGGGAUAGCCAGCUCUUCUUCCCUUUCUCAAUUUCUUUUCUGCUCCCACGUAAUCCUGAAGCAUGGGCUCCUGCUCCUCACUGCAA